CUUGCAAUUCCAACUCUCCCACAUUAACAAUAACAUAACAUCUCACCACACAAACUGUUGCGGUUUUAAGAUGGAAAGCAGAGUGACAUAUGAGAGUCAUUUGAACCUUAAGGCAACAGAACUUAGAUUGGGCUUGCCAGGCACCGAGGAAAAGGAGGACGCCAAAACUCUUCAUUCUGUUAGAAACAACAAAAGGCAACUUCGUGAAACUUCAGAAGACUCUGUUUCCAUUUCCAAACCCUCAGAUGUGGAGACUCAUCAUGCAGCCCCUCCUGCCAAGGCAAAGAUAGUGGGUUGGCCACCAAUCAGAUCUUACAGGAAGAACAGCCUGCAGGAGGGUGAGGGGGAUGGGAUCUAUGUGAAAGUGAGCAUGGAUGGAGCACCUUACCUCAGAAAGAUUGACUUGAAACUCUAUAGGGGCUAUCCUCAACUACUCAAAGCUUUAGAGACCAUGUUCAAGUUGACCAUAGGGGAAUACUCUGAAAGAGAGGGUUAUAAGGGAUCUGAAUAUGCACCUACAUAUGAAGACAAGGAUGGUGAUUGGAUGCUAGUUGGAGAUGUUCCAUGGGACAUGUUUAUGACUUCCUGCAAAAGGCUAAGGAUCAUGAAAGGGUCAGAAGCUAGAGGCUGGGUUGUGGUGUAUGAGAAACAACUAAAUUACUAUGGCUAUGAUGAGGAAAAUCAUUCUUUCAGCUUGGGUUCUUGGAACUAAUUAAGGGCUAUCACCAUGCCAAUCUGCAGUAGGGAGAUGGAAGACUCUUUCUACAAAUUUUGUCAAUAUUUAUGGUUAUUUUAGCAUGUGAUGGGGUGCUAUGUGCUGUUGUUUCCAUUGAAACCUUUCAAUGAGCAACCUCAUAGGAAUUUGCCUUAAAGAAAAUUUGUGGACAAGAGAGAUAAAAGGGAUUGAUAUGUUCAUCCAAGUUUUUGUUUUUGUUUUCAAUCACACACAAAAAUACACUGUAAUACACUAAUUAUUCACGUUAUACUUUGCGAUUCAAUGGACAAACAAAAUUUACCUUGUGCCAUGUUUAAA